AUGGAAGCCAUAGGAUUUGCAUCCGCCCUCAUUUCCUUGGUCGAAGCAACGGCGACAAUCAUAUCGUAUCUGGACGACGUCAAGAAUGCGCCAGUGGAACGUGCCCAGCUCUUGAGGGAAUUGACGGCACUCAGUAUCUUCCUGAGGACACUCGACAGCCUCGUGCAGAUGACCACCGAGCCUGACACGUCGAUGGCCGAAUGGUUGGUUACUGUACGAGCGUUGAACGUUCCCGACGGACCUUUCAAGCAACUGAAUAAUCUCAUUGAAGAUUUGGCUCGGAAACUGGCGCCGGAGGGUUCCCGAACAUUUACUACAAGGGUUGCGGAAAGGCUCAAGUGGAAGUUCAGCAAAGAAAAAGUGGAAGAUACAUUGAAAAAGGUGGAAAGGGUAAAGUCGCUAGUGAUGGUUGCUGUGCAGCAAGACCAUAUAUCCUUAACGCGAGCUAUUCAUGAAGACGUGACAAGAGUUGGCACUGUAGUCAAUCAGAUAGCUCAAUCGUCUACCAGGGUCGAGCGCGAUAUUCUUCGACUAGAAGGCGGCAUCUCUGGCAUAGAGGGAUCCAUGGAAAUAUUGCAAGGCAACGUCAAGCAGAGUCAUGACCAAGAAAUAUUUGUUCAAAUCAUUAGUUGGAUCUCGCCGCUGAACUUCAGAGUUGUGCAAUCGGAAUUAUAUUUUCGGCACGUGGAUGGCACCGGGCGAUGGUUUCUCGAGUCAGAAAAGUUUCUUCGCUGGGUCGAUGGGACGGAGCGCUGUCUAUGGUGUCCAGGCAAUCCCGGUGUAGGGAAGACUGUUCUCGCAUCUAUCAUGACAAACCAUCUACAAAUGAUGGGAGUCCCUGUUUUGGACGUGUUUUGUGACUACCGCAAUCAGAAUACACAGUCUGUGUCCCAGAUCAUAGCUGCACUAUUCAAACAGUUGGUCCAAGAGUUAGGUUAUAUCUCUGACUUUGUCAAAACCGUCUACGAUGAUCACCGUCGAUUGGACACCCACGUGCACAUUAUCGUCGACGCUCUGGACGAAUUAAAAGAUGAAGAUCGCGAUCUUCUCAUAAAGAUUCUUCGGUCCAUUGAUGAUCGCGUAUCCCUACUAGUUACUUCCCGCAACAUUGCUUCCAUCGUGUCUCUAUUCCAGGACUGCAUGACGCUAUCCAUCAGCGCGACCGACGAAGAUAUCGGAGUUUAUAUCGCUGAUAGGCUCACAAGAGGCCAUCUUGCAAAUCACAUCAAUGGUCGUGGUAACCUUCGUGAGGAUAUCAUCAAUGGUGUAAUUGGAAAAGCGAAGGGCAUGUUCCUCCUAGCUUGUCUCCACAUGGAUUCUCUUGCCGAAGCCACCAAUCGCAGACAUCUGCGCAAUGCGCUUGCAGAACUGCCCGGUACUGUUGCAGACGUAUACAGUGAGGCAUUGCGGCGGAUUGAUAGUCAAGGGAAACAUCGCAAAGAGCUUGCAUACCGCGUUCUUUCAUGGAUCGCAUUCGCAAAACGCCGUUUAACAGUCUUAGAGCUCCAGCAUGCUUUCGCUGUUGAGCAGGGUGCACAAGACUUGGACGUAGAGAAUAUUACCGAGAGCGACGUCUUAUGUUCAGUUUGCGCUGGGUUCGUGGUCAUUGAGCUUGUAAGACCCAUUCAAUCGGACUAUCCAGACGAUCCACCGUCACCCACAUUUUGCUUCGUCCAUUACACAACGCAGGAGUUUCUUGAAGCAAGACAGCCAGAUCUUUUCCCUUGUAUUCAACUCGACAUCGCGAGAUCAUGCUUGAGCUAUAUGCUCUUGCAAGAUGUGCAUCUUGAUACUCCCAGCUUCCCUUUCAGAUCUUUUGAUAUCACACGUCUAUCGGCAGAUCCCCAUCCCGAGCACCAGAGAUAUCCAUUCCUCGCGUAUGCAUUCUGCUACUGGGGCUCGCACUGUCAUGGCCAGGUUGAGGACUCCCUACAAACUGAUAUUCUUCAGCUCUUGCAUGACCAGCAACGAAUCAGUGCUCUUUACGGAGGUCCAUAUAUAGUACCUUUUGGACCGGGGAUUCAGCCUCUACAUCUCACAGCAUCUUUCGGUAUGCUGGGGACGACCGAGACACUUCUCUCAUCUGGAGCAAAUCCGGAUCUCGUUGAUGCAGAGCAACGUACACCACUGAUUUACGCUGCCCGUGCGGCAAUGGUAGACAUUGUUGCGUGUCUCUUGUGCAACGGUGCCAACACGAGUAUCGCAGAUUUUUGGGGCCGGACACCAUUAAUGUGGGCUGUAAGUGCGGGGUCCGAGGACGUUGUUAAGCUGCUACUUCAAUCACCCAGUAUCAGUGAAGAUAUCAACGCAGUCAGUAAGGAAGUGACUCCAGAGAGUGCACUUUCCUUGGCAGUGCGUGGAGGAAGCUUAGACAUGGUCAAUCUGCUAUUGGGCGUAGACGGGGUAUCUGUACAUCCUGUCGACAGAAAUCGCUCGAUAAUAGCCGAUGUCUCCAGCGUGGACAUUGCCCGGGUGUUGCUUGCGCGACCCGAUAUUCAACCUGAUUGGAAAGAUGAUCGUCUGAUGACGCCGCUCUCUCAUGCCACGCAGGAAGGAUGA